AUGCCGUCGAUUGAACUUCUAAAUAUUAUUUCACAAUAUAUCUCUAUUUAUUUUGGCUUGCUUAUUUUUAUUGGUGGUUUAAUUGGAAAUUUACUUAAUGUUCUUAUUUUUCUUAGUCUUCAAACUUUUCGAGAAAGUUCAUGUGCAUUCUAUUUAGCAGCUAUGUCAUUACUCAAUAUAGGUCAAUUAUUAACAGGUGUACUUCCACGUAUCAUGAAUGUUUGGUUUGCUCUUGAUUGGCCUGAUGCUUCAUUAAUCUAUUGUAAAUUUCGAGCAUAUUGUUUUCAACUAUGUUCAUUAGCUUCUUUUACAUGUAUGUGUAUAGCAACAAUCGAUCAAUUCUGGGCAACAUGUUCAAAUCCUCGUUGGCAACGAUAUUGUAAUAUUAAAUUUGCUUAUCGAUUUUUUCUAAUAACUUCUUUUAUUUGGAUUCUUCAUGGAAUUCCAACAUUAAUUUAUCAAACUCAUACUAAAUCCGUGGUAAAUGGCACAACACGUUGUGAAAUUAUCGAUAGUACAUUUGACAAGUAUUAUAACUAUGGAUUCGUUCUUGUUUUAACUAGUAGUCUACCUGUCUUUUUGACAGCUUUAUUUGGUUCACUAGCUUAUCGUAAUGUAAGAUUAUUAGCUUAUCGUGCAGUGCCUCUCGUUCGACGUGAAUUAGAGAAACAAUUAACAGUUAUGGUUCUUGUACAAGUUGUUUUCAAUUUUUGUGUUAUUGUACCGUAUAUUAUUACAUAUAUGUUUAAUUUUAGCGUAAAUUUGGAUAUAAAUACUAUUGAAUACGCAGUAUUUCAAUUAGCUAGAAAUGUAUCAAUUAAUUUCUUUUAUUUGUAUUUCGCGGUAAGUGUAAAUUAUUGA